AUGGACCAGGUGGCAUCUUCUGGGCCCCUGGGCUCACCAUACGGCGCGACGCGCCAAAACGCCCUGCUGCUCGGCGGCUUUGGGCCCGUCGGUGACGCCGGCGUGUCGACCUCGCAGCCCCUAAACAGCCCCACCUUCGAGGCCGCCUCAGAGAGCUCCGGGUCCUUUGCCUUCCUGCCCGGCACCUUUGGCCACAGCGCGCACGCCGCCGCGGCAGCCGCCGCCCACGCGGCGCACAACCAGCACGCGUUCCAGUCGGUGUCGCCCCCCGCCGCGACGCAGCACAACGGCCUGGCGCCGACGCACGAGGAUCUGGCGCUGUCGGGCACGAGCUACUCGGCGCUCGACGGCAUCGUGUCGGGCAACGGCGGCGGUGGCGGCGGCUUCGCGACCGCGCCCGCGGCGUUCACGGCCGCGGCGGCGCUGCUGGACAACGGCGUCGAGACGCUGUACCCCAGCGAGCGGCUCGCCCUGGCGCGCAUGGCAGCCGCCGCGCAGCAGCAGCAGCAGGUCCAGCAGCAGGUGCAGCAGCACAUCCAGCAGCAGCAACAGCAGCAGCAGCAGCAGCACAUGCUGCUCCAGCCCCUCAACAGCAUCAACAGCGGCCCGUCCACCAUCGGCGGGCCGGGCGCGAACAGUCACGACGAGUUGUACCACCACAUGGGGGGUUUUUCCAUGGACCAGCGCUCCAGCGGCGGGCUGCUCUCCCCGGCUGGCAUGGCCGGCGCCGCCAAGGCCGGUGCUGCCGCCGCUGCUGCGGCCGCGGGUGGGCAGCAGGUGUUCAUCCCGAAGUCGAGCAGCCUGUAUGUGAAGAAUCUGCCGGCGGACGCUGACAAGUGCUUCCUGUACGAGCGCUUUGCACCCUACGGCGCCAUUAUGUCGGUCAAGGUGCUGUGUGACCCGGACACCAAGAUCUGCCGCGGUGUUGGCUUUGUCAACUUUGCGGUCCAUGACGACGCCGUCCGCGCCAUGCAGGCCCUCCACGGCGCAAAGGUUGGGGACAAGCUCAUGCAUGUGAGCCUGCAGACCCCGCGCAUCCGCGCCGUUGUUUGA